ACACCUGUCUCUCCUGCGCGAGUGUGCGCGGCGCGGAGAAAAUUUAAGAAAAAAUAAAAAAAGAAAAGAAAUGGCAGUUACUAGAGAGAAAGAAAAUUGUUCAAGAAAAAUUAAUGGAAAUAUACCUGCAUUAUCGCUCAAUAGUGAUAAUAUGUCGACAUCGACCGACAGUGACGACGUAGCGGACCCGACAUAUGAAAUUAGGAACAUUCGUAGUAUUAUAAACGUGACCCGUGAAAACAUUGAUGCAUUGAACGCAAAAUUUGCUGGUUUCCAGCACCCGCCGCCGUUGUAUUUAUCCGAAUAUCAAGAGUUGACGUUGAAGUUGCAUAACUUAGAAGGGACUUUACGGGAGUUGUUGCAGUCAGAGUCGCCGGAUAGGAGUGAAGAGUGUUCGUUACAGGAUGACUCGAAAAAGUAUGACACGCUUACGAGGCAGCCGAAGGUGUUCCUUCGGGCGCACCUUCCUAACCAGCAGCGUACGAGUGUGCAGGUGAAGGAAGGUGUGACGCUUCGGGAGGCGCUCUCCAAAGCCCUUAAGCUACGGAAUUUAACUUGUGAAAUGUGCGAAGUGGUGAGGACAGGCAAUAGCCAAGUGAUUCCUUGGGAUGUUGACAUCACCAUGAUUGAUGCUGAGGAGGUAACAGUCCGAACUUUGGACAAGCUGCCGAUAAUGUCGCACAUCUCACACCAGUUUACGCGGAAGACAUUCUUUACACUUGCAUUCUGUGAGUGCUGCAGGAGGUUGCUGUUUAACGGCUUCUACUGCUCACAGUGCAAUUUCAAGUUCCACCAGCGCUGUGCUGACAAAGUACCCAGUAUAUGUCACCAGAUGCGUGUGACGGAUACAUACUAUGCAGCGCUGUUGGCACAGAACCCGGAGACGCAGGCGGGCAUCCUGCACUACCCCUCUCACUUUGGAUACCACCACAUGAUAAAUAGGCCCGACCAGAGCAAGUCGCAACAUCCUCGCUCACUGAACCAGCAGGACCGCUCCAACUCUGCCCCCAAUGUGUGCAUCAACAUGGUGCAGCGUCCCAUCACACUUGCUGAACACCAGAGGAAAAACAAUCAGAGCAACAACUCUCCGCAGUCCAAUAAGUACCUGACGUCGGGCAGACACAACAAGGAGGAUAAAGAUAAGAAUGCAGAUCAGCACAGCCACAGUACACAGGCCUCCCCGACAGGCACGCUGCGGCCGCGGCGGGCGCGCGCGCGCUCAGCUGACGAGUCGUGGAAGCACGCGCUGUCGCCGCGCGAGAGCUACGACGACUGGGUCAUACACGCUGACGAGAUACUCAUAGGACCUCGCAUCGGUUCGGGCAGCUUUGGGACGGUGUACAAGGCGCACUGGCACGGCCCCGUCGCCGUCAAGACGCUCAACGUCAAGACACCCACUCCAGCUCAGCUGCAGGCAUUCAAAAAUGAGGUGGCGGUGCUGCGCAAAACGCGGCACUGCAACAUCCUGCUGUUCAUGGGAUGCGUGUCGAAGCCCUCGCUGGCGAUAGUGACACAGUGGUGCGAGGGCUCCUCCCUCUACCAGCAUCUGCACGUGCUGGAGACGCCGCUGCCCGUGCUCUACCUCAUCGACGUGGCGCGGCAGACUGCGCAGGGCAUGGACUAUCUGCACGCCAAGAAUAUUAUACAUAGGGACCUGAAAUCAAACAAUAUAUUCUUGAGAGACGACUGGUCGGUUAAGAUCGGGGACUUCGGUCUGGCGACCGCGAAGGUGCGCUGGUCGGAGUCGUCCCUGGCGGGCGGCGUGCAGUGGCAGCAGCCGACGGGGUCGAUCCUGUGGAUGGCGCCCGAGGUGAUCCGCAUGGAGGAGCCGGCGCCCUACACCUUCCGCUCUGACGUGUACGCGUACGGCGUCGUGCUCUACGAGCUCAUGGCUGGCGAGCUGCCGUACGCCCACCUCAACAACAAGGAUCAGAUCCUGUGGAUGGUGGGUCGCGGUCUGCUGCGGCCGGACCUGCGUCGGCUGCGGCAGGACUCACCGCAAGCGUUGAAGCGGCUGCUGGAGGACUGCAUCAAGUUCGACCGCGAGCAGCGGCCGCAGUUCCGGCAGAUCCUGGCCGCGCUGGAGGCCAUGCUGCGCGCCAUGCCCAAGAUCACCCGCAGCGCCUCCGAGCCCAGCGUCAGCCGGCACCUGCACGCCGCGGACGGGGCUGACGACUACCUCGCCUACAGCUGCGCCUCGCCCAAGACGCCCGUCAACUUCCAGUUCAACAAUGACACCAGCUUCCCCGCUUUCUACGGAAUCCCAGUGCCAAACCAGCGCCAUCCUUAGUGUUUGGUGGCGGGCUAUGAAUAGCCCCCGCCCCCGCCCAGCGAUACUCCGCCCCCGCUCUGCGCCGCGCCGCGCCGCGUGCAGCGCUACAGUGUCAAUUCAGACCCUCUCCUCUGCUCUGUGUGUGAUCAAACUCGACUGCUCGAGAACUUACCACCCAAUACUUUGGGUACAAAUAUUCAUUCACUUAUAACAUAUAAUUAUCAUAAAACUAUUUGUUGUGAUUUUUUGUUAUACUCAUCGUUCGAAUGCAUUUGAAGAAGUCAAAAAGUAUCAAGAUUAUCAGUUUACAUUUAGUUGUAACAGAUGUAUAUUGAUAUACUUGAGUCUGAGGAAUAGUUUAUUUUAAAAAUAUAACUAAUUGUUUGAUGAAAUCCCGAGUCAUAAGUAAUUUUAUGUUCAUAUUUUAUAUUACAAAUUGAACCAAUAAUGUUCAAACCUUUUAUAAACUAUACACCACAGUUCACUUUGUUACAAUCAAUGUCAAAAGAAACCAUAGUUUUUUUUAUUAAUAAUUCUGAAAUCUAUAGAGUUGUGUUGUAAAUAUAAAAUAAUUAAAAAGUUUGCGAGUGCCUGAAUUGUUACACAAUGCAAUAAAUCUUGUUUCUAUUUAAGUAAGCGGUGUGACAUGGUUUGCUCUAGAUUGUACGUUGUCUAUGAUCUAGUGGAGACGCGCCUUGCGUGUCUGUGGUUCGCGUUACGAACAUUGUCUAUGGUCUUGCUGAGUGUCGCGGCUCGUAUUCAGCUGUCUAUGGUAUGGAGGAUGUGUAAAUAUUUAGAUAGACCAUCACAAACAAAUUCAUAGCAUUGAGUUUUUUGUGUUGACUCACACUAUUUUCUAGAUCUAGAUUAUUGAAUAUUUUAUUUAUUACGAAAUUAGAUUAAGGCUUUAUUUUGACAGUAUUUAAAAGCGAAUAAUUUUCAGUGAAUCUUCUAUCUUC